AUGGCAGGCGCAAGCACUUUAGCCGAAGACAAAAUCAACCCGCUUCGAAUAUCGAACGUCAUGCCCGUGAACGACACAGGGCCUCUUUCGGUCGGCCUUGGCACCCAUCCCUACGAUGGGCAAUAGGAACAUGUCACGGCAAUGGUGCAAAAAUCACGAACCUCGCUUACGCGUGCUCCCUCUCGGGAGCGACGUCCUAAACCGACUCGAGCACUUGAUUCGUAGACUCUUUCGGAUACUCGGCCUAUCACCACCAAACAUCUUCUCGUCCUACGCGAGGACCUUGUCGCCACAGCCAGCACCAUAUCACUUGUCACCGGCCAUCACGCAGACAAAUAUAUAUGGCACUUUUCGUAUUGAACGCUUUCCCCUUGCGGACGUCGGGCGACAUCCCAGACACGCAAUAAUCCUCUUUCAGCAGAAAUAAUCCGAGGAACACAGCCGGACGCACACGUUUGAAUCACUGAAGAACACACUAACAGCACGAGGGAUUCCCACGUCUCAUCCCCCAGUGUAGCAACAGCGUGGCCCGGCGACACCUAAGCUUUCUGGAGCGGACCCGAGAGAAGGGUAUUUGGCACAAAAGGUUGAUUCUGGCUACACCUGCCCGCUCAUACAUUGCAGCAAAACAGCAUUGGAAGUUGACCAACAGUGUUUGCAUUUUAUCGUUGCUGUACAACGUAAAGCUGUUGGUAAUGCUGUAUGACGAUUGUUGAGGAUGGAUCGUGACGUCGGCAAGAUUGAUAUUGGCAUGAACCGUACGCGCCAAUGAUGUACUUCGGAUCACCAAACGUACAGCCAUCCUCCAGUCACAGCAAGCGCAGGAGCAGCGGUGAGGGGUGUCGAAGGUACCCUUCUGACCAAAUGCGAACCCAGCAGCCGGCAAGACCUUGAGACAAAUUCAACAACACCUUGUCGAUCAAGCCAAAACCAGCUCGAAAGAACACCGUUAACGCUGUAUGCGAACACGGCCUUAAGCACACGCAGCGCCAUGCCUCGGGGCUUCCUCUCUCGCGCCGCUGCUCAGAAUUUAUGGCUGCACCCGACAGAGAGUGCAGGGCAAAGAGACAGUUGACGUGCGCGUUUGUGCGGUCUAGACUUCACAGCUCGCUUUCGUACACACCGGGGGGGGAGGCCUCUUUCGUUGUGCGGAGAAGCGAUGUUUCACCUGUCCUCGAAUUAUUUCCUGUGGGGUUCAACGCCAACAAGCUCGAAACGCGAUCUAGCACCACGGGUUACAUGGAUCUUCAGACUAAUGAGGUUGCCCAAGCCUGAGACGUAUUCGAAUUGCUUCCGAGAGACACAGACCCACGUCAUUGAUGAUUUGUGCAAUCCGAACGUAUUAAUUCAGCCUGGUCGUGCAGCACGUACCUACAAAUUGCUACAUACCGUAGAUGCAACUUCACGGCCAGCGAUCCUCACCCAGUAUCGGCUAGUCACGCCAUGUGAAAACAGAAGUUGUGCACAAUUCGACACAUGCAACAGGGUUUAUCUUCUCCGACCGCCAACUGGCCGUGGGGGGCAAGUCAACCUGGUGGUUUCUGAUCGUUCUUAGCCACGGAGAAUGAAAUCU